AUGUCACAGGAUGUGAAUUUUUUUCCUUAUUUUAGCAUUAAGAACCCAGUGACAAGUGACGUCACAGAUGAAGCUGAACAGGACACCAGUACUUGCAGGCAAGAACCAGGAAAAUCACCCAAGAAACCAAGGCGACCAGUUAAUAGAUUUGGAGAUAUGACUGAGGAAGAAGUGCUCAACUUAAAAUUACCCGAGCAUUUGGGAUACAAUCUGGAUAUAUUAUUUGUAAGUGUGCUGUGCAUGUCAGCACUUCAAAUGCUGAAAAAUAACUGAAUGCCUUAAAAAAAACAAUGUCGAUAGGCCUGUUAAAUAAAUCUCCUGAAAAACUCUAAACAAUUGUAGGCUCUCAUUUCGUUUGUCAAUGUCCAGCCCGUAUGCAAUGUGUUCUUUCAAAACUAACAACAAAGUAAUUAUAUUAUCAAAAAGAGGGGGAACGUACUGUCUAUGUAAAAAAUACAAUGCUCAUAAAAAUUUGAAUGAGUGAAAAUGCCAAAAAAAAAGAGCAUUUUGCAUCAAGCAGAGUUGUAACUUAUUUUAGAUUUUGUGUAAUAUUAUUUUCAAAAUUUAGUACAAAGUUCCAUGCCAUUUUCAUCCAUAGGAACUACAGUGUUUUUCUAUUUUCAGGAUUUUCCAGCCUUUUGUAUGUUUUUAACAUAGUCCAUUUGCCAUCCAUUAAUUAAAAAUUUUAAUUAAAUCUGAUUCUAGACCUCUCUGUUGUGUCGGCAGGUUGGAAUAAACCCAGGUUUAAUGUCGGCCUUCAAAGGACAUCACUAUCCAGGAGCCAAUAACCAUUUCUGUGGGUAAAUUUGCUUUGAGUCCAAUUAAUUGCUGAUUUUCCUGUAAAUGAGUGUGUUUUUUUUUGUUUGCUUGUUCUUCAUUUUCUUGUUUGUUUUUUUUUCUCAUUUGCUUUCAGUUAAGGCAAUAAUAAGAAAUGAGAUUUCUUAAAUGAAUUCUUAUUAUAAAAAUGAUAAUAAUAAUAAUAUUAUUAUUAUUAUUAUUAUUAUUAUCAUCAUCAUCAGCAGCAGCAUCAUAAUGAUUGUUAUUAGUUUAUAUUUAAUUAUUCAUUUUUAAAAUAAACAAUUCCAUAAUCCUAAACAAAUUAACUGACAUUGCUGACUGUCUUAUUUUAAUUGCCUGAUUAACUCUUUCUUAAUAAUUAUUUAGCUACAUGUAGUCCCUUAUAUAUUUUUUAUAAUUUAUUUAUAUUUUCUUUACAGAUUUGUAAUACAUGCCCUUUAAUUUGCAGGGCCAUGUCUGUACCAAUCGGGUUUGGUGCCUGACAGAUUGACUUAUCUAGAUGAUGUGAGAUGUCCAUCAGAUUAUCAGAUAGGUUUAACGAACAUGGUGGAGCGUACUACAAGAGGAAGCGCUGAUCUGUCCAGGUGAUUAGCUCAACAGGGAUGGUAAUGAUUGGGGGAGGCCAGUCACACCUGUGUAUACAAAAAUAAUACUUGGCUAUUAAAUCCUUGCUAGCAACUGGGAGUGCAGGCCAUACACAAGAGUAAAAGACACCUUCGAUGAGAGAGGUAGCUUCCUCCUUCCCCGGCAUGCCCUCCUCCCUGGCAGCCAGGUCAUGGCUACAGGAUAUGGUCAUGGUGACUUAUUUCUAGUAACAUGAUUAUUAAUUAGACCUUCUAUUUCCUGCAAUUAACAUAAAAUACAUGAACCUGUAUCCAUGCAGUGAUAUAGAAACCAAUCCCAGGGUACAGCAUUGCUGAUACAUGUCAUUUAUAUUUAUGUUUAUUGGGGUAAAGAGAAUGUAUAAUUAAUAGUAAUUAUUAGCCAUGACCUGGCAUAAGGGAGGAGGACACGCAUGAGGAAAGAGGGAGCAACCUCUCUUCUCACAGGUGUCUUUUACUCGCGCAUAGCCUGCGAGGAAGCUCUUCAUCUGGGGAGUCAGAAUGAUAUUUCAAGGUAUCUUGAUAGUGUAAAUUAAUGAAACCAUUGUAACUGCGGAAAGCCUUGAUUUAUUUAUAGCUCAAGAACAAAGUCGAACAGUUAUUUUAUUUUUAACACGAUGCUUUAGAUCAUAAAAGCCUGUGUUCAUGAAGUACUAAUGUAUUUUUUGUUUCCGUUCUUUUCAGGAAAGAAAUGAGAGAUGGGAAGGAGGCUCUUAUACAAAAGGUGGAGCGAUAUAAACCACUUAUUGUGUGUUUUAAUGGAAAAGGUGAUUUCUCUUUUCUAUUCUGCUCUUGUCCCCUUUUUUUUGUCUCGAUUGAUUUGUUUGUUUUCUUAUUAUUCCUAAGGCCAGGCCAAUUAAUUUAUAAUCAUUGUUUAUCUUGCUCCAGUUUAAACCUUAAAAAUUCAUUUCUUGUUUCUUGUCUUGGGGCUGAGUAAAUGAGCUGGAAGUGGCUCACAGGCUUUCCCAGGAUCGUGACAUGUUAAUUAAACCCCAGGUCAUAGUGAUCAUAUGGCAGCCCAGCCAGACCAGUGAUACUGGGAUAAAAUUCACAAAGGCGAAAUGAGCCAGCCCAGCUCUAGCCUGUUCCAAGCGUUCAGAUAGUGGAGAGCGGUGCGAAGUAAAGAAAGCGAUGAAAAGUAGAGGGGGACUCCCUCGCUUUUAUUUUUUCUCCUUUUUACUUCGCACCGCUCCCCACUAUCUGAACACCUGGAACAGGCUAGCCCAGCUCACGAAAUCAGCACCUUGCCUUCUGCUAUUCCAUUUAAUAUAGUUAAAUGACUACAAUGAACGUAAUAGCUGAAAUUUAAGUAAAGAUAACAAACUAGUAAAUCAAUAACUGAAUUUUUUUGUUUGUUUUUGUUUUCAAGUAAUCUACGAAACCUUUUCCGGAUCUAAAUGUAAGGUUGGCAGGCAGGAAGACCCAAUUCCAGGAACGACUUCGGUAAGCUAGCUAGCACGAUGCCAGCUGUUGAUAGUAAUAAAAAAAAUAUCCUUUAUGUAGUGCCCCUAUUUUAAUUAAACUGUGGUUUUUGCAAUCUAAGGGACCGUGCAUUUUGUUGAUGGAAUGGACCUGGGGGUUAAGGGGAGGGGGGACCGAAAAAAAAUUGCACUAGACUCCUUCUUUCACCUUCCCCUUAUCGUCGUCGUCAUCCUCGUCGUUAUAGUUGUCGUCAUUAUUCUCUUCUCUAAAUCUCUCUCUUCACAGGUAGUUUAUGUUAUGCCAUCUACAUCUGGAAGAACCCAGACCUACCCCCGUGCAAGCGACAAGUUGCCGUUUUUCUUGGAACUUAAAUCUUUGCGUGAUGAACUUAAGGCGAACUCUGUAAACCACUCUUCUCCUGGAGAGGAAGUAAAAUCAAGUUUAAACGAGACUUAGUUAGCCGCAAUCGUAUAACCUUAAAAUUCUUGCUUGAAAAUUAGUUAUUUAUUGUCUUUAUUUAUACAGAAAUACGAAUACGUUACACUCAGAAUAAAGAAAAAUUAAGAACAUGUUUAGAAGGUAAUCAGGGCAGAAGUUAAGGGCGUCUUGUACUGUUUAAAAAACGGGCAGGAGUGUAUCAUUAGGUUUAAAAACUCGAGGCAAAGCCGAGAGUUUUUACGCCUGAUAAUACACGGCUGAGAGUUUUUUGAACGGCUUUAAAUUCUCUGAUAUAGAUCAACUCAUUCUUGCACUAAUAUUUAGAUUUGGGGUCAUUUUGGUCUAAAAAAUUGAUAAUAAUAAAAAAAAUAUGCUUUAUGUAGUGCCCUUAUUUUAAUUAUAAGCUUUUGCAGUCUAAGGGACCGUGCAUUUUGUUGAUGGAAUU